CCCGCCGGCGCCGCCCGCCCCGCGCCCGCGGCCCCUCCCCGCGUCCCAGUCUCCUCCCCGAGGGCUCGGGGCCGGGCCGCCACUCCCUCCAGCUCCCGCCCUCGGCCGCGCGCAUCUCAUUCCAGCCCUCAUUCCUCACAUUCCAGGCUUCCUCCUUUCAAACCCCAGGCCGGGGGCGGGGAGGGCCCGCAGCUCCCGGCUCCGCCGUGCGGCCGCGUCCCCCAGCGCCCUCGCCGGCCUCCCGGGACCUCAGCGGAGCCGCGGCUGGAAGAGCGGCGCCGGGGCGGACUCCGCGGGACUGGCCCGGCGCGCCCGCCCACCUCCCCGCACCCUGGGACCGGUCCAACGGGCGCUCCUCCAAGCGGAGCCUUGGAGGGCACGGCCGGCACCAUUACCUCCAACGAGUGGAGCUCUCCCAACUCCCCCGAGGGGAGCAACGUCUCUGGGGGCAGCCAGGCCUUGGACAAGCCCAUCGACAAUGACGCGGAGGGCGUGUGGAGCCCCGACAUUGAGCAGAGCUUCCAGGAGGCGCUGGCCAUCUACCCGCCCUGCGGUCGGCGCAAGAUCAUCCUCUCAGACGAAGGCAAGAUGUACGGUCGGAAUGAGCUGAUCGCCCGCUACAUCAAGCUCCGGACAGGGAAGACCCGCACCAGGAAGCAGGUGUCCAGCCACAUCCAGGUGCUGGCUCGGCGAAAAGCCCGCGAGAUCCAGGCCAAGCUAAAGGAUCAGGCAGCUAAGGACAAGGCCCUGCAGAGCAUGGCUGCCAUGUCGUCCGCCCAGAUCAUCUCUGCCACAGCCUUCCACAGUAAAAUGGCCCUCACCCGGGGCCCAGGCUACUCGGCGGUCUCAGGGUUUUGGCAAGGAGCUUUGCCGGGCCACGCCGGAACGUCCCUCGAUGUGAAACCUUUCUCUCAGCAAACCUACGCUGUCCAGCCGUCACUGCCUCUGCCAGGGUUCGAGUCUGCCGCAGGAGCCUCCCCGUCGCCCUCCGCGCCCCCAGCACCCCCGUGGCAGGGCCGCAGCGUGGCCAGCCCCAAGCUCUGGAUGUUGGAGUUCUCCGCCUUCCUGGAGCGGCAGCAAGACCCCGAUACGUACAAUAAGCACCUGUUCGUGCACAUCGGCCAGUCGAGCCCCAGCUACAGCGACCCCUACCUCGAAGCUGUGGACAUCCGCCAGAUUUACGACAAGUUCCCCGAGAGGAAGGGUGGUCUCAAGGAGCUCUUUGAACGGGGACCCUCCAACGCCUUUUUCCUCGUGAAGUUCUGGGCAGACCUCAACACCAACAUCGAGGAUGAGGGCAGCUCCUUCUACGGGGUGUCCAGCCAGUACGAGAGUCCCGAGAACAUGACCAUCACCUGCUCCACCAAGGUCUGCUCCUUUGGCAAGCAGGUGGUGGAGAAGGUGGAGACCGAGUACGCGCGCUACGAGAACGGCCACUACUCCUACCGCAUCCACCGCUCGCCGCUCUGCGAGUACAUGAUCAACUUCAUCCACAAGCUGAAGCACCUGCCCGAGAAGUACAUGAUGAACAGCGUGCUGGAGAACUUCACCAUCCUGCAGGUGGUCACCAACAGAGACACGCAGGAGACCCUGCUGUGCGUCGCGUACGUCUUCGAGGUGUCGGCCAGUGAGCACGGGGCUCAGCACCACAUCUACCGGCUGGUGAAGGAAUAAGAGACCGGGGAGCAGGGAGGGGGGCAAGACAUCGUGUGUGCAGGGACGUGGGGAGGGGACCCGCGGGGGCAGCCCCCCCAGAGCGCCAAGAGAGUUGCGGUCAUGACGCUUCUACCCAGGAACACACUGCCUGAACCCGCAGUGCCUAAGCCCAAUAAACCCAAGAUCUGUGCGUCUUCAGAGGCCCCAUCUGGCUGUGUGAGCCUCGGGAGGGGCUGAGGGAGCAGGGGGCUGGCUGGGAAACAGGCCGGAAGCAGCCCCGGGGUGCGGUCCUGAAGCCAAGGCCCCGGUGGACUCAGCCAGCAACGUCCGGAUGCUGAAGCUCAAGAUGGGACAGCCCCUGCGCUGCACGAGCCGCUGCCCGCCCGCUGCCGGCCGCGCUGGGAGGCCUGAGGGCGGGCGUGGGUCCUCGGCCUGUGCGUCCUGUGUGGGCACCUCGGCCACCUGGGAGUGAUGCAUCCGCCCUGGCCAUGGCCACCUCUGCUGCUGCUGCCCCAGGACAGCCGACAGGGAGGCCCGGCCCAGUCCCGCGGGGUGGGUUUCGGGUGUGGAGGUGACUGAACUCUCAGGAGGUUGGAAGUGGACGCGGUCCGAGCUCCUUAGGUAGUUUUCAUCCAUCUCCAGGCAUGGGCUCCGUGGCCACACUGGCUGCCUGGGGUGGGGGUGGGUCCCAGGUCAGGGGAGCCCGAGACAGCGAGGGUGGGAGUGCAGUGGUGCAGCCAGCUUUUGAGUGUGGGUGGUGAGGCCGGAGUCACGCGGCCUCCUCUGUGGUGGUGAAGGCCAAGACAGCUGGUCAGAGGUCUGCGAUGGACCAGUGGUUUCUGAGACCCCGCAGUCUGGAUGGUCUGUGAGUCUCACCGCGAACCCCUCCCAGCCAAGAAGCCUGCCGGGUGCCGCCUUGGAGCAGCCCAGGCCGUCCACGCCCUCCCUAAGUCCACUCCCUACCUAAAGGUCAGGUUCUGUGCCCCCCUCGGCCCUGGGCCUGGAGGAGACCCGCCGAGGGAUUUCCCUGGUCAUUUUCUCCUGGGAAUGGGCCUCAGUCCUCGUGUGCCCUGCUGCCCGAGCUGUCUCAGCGUGAGUGUCCUUCCUCCCUGUAAAGGGGGAUGGGAUUAGUGAGGAGGAAAGAUCUUGUCAUUAAAGGGCCUGGUGCAAGAUGCACUAAAUACAGUAAACAUUAUUAUCCCCUUAUCCCUGCCCUUGGGGCGCUCGGGGCCCGGCUCUUUGCUGCCAUCUAGUGGCCAUUUGGUAUCACCUCUAGUGGGGAACCACAAUUCCAGGAGCCUGGAGCCGAAGGGGAACAAGAUUCAACCUGCAGGUGUUGUGUGUGCCCAGCACUCAGGGAGAUGUAUGGGGAUAAGAAGCGAGUAAGAUGACGUUGAGGAGGUGUUACGGAGCGGUUAGGAGCAAGGGCUCUGGAGUCAGGCUGCUAGGAUUGGAAUCCUGGUGCUCAGCUACAGACUAGCUGUGUGGCCUUGGGGCAAGUUACCUAAUUCCACUGUGCCUCAGUUUCCCCGUCUGUAAAAUGGGUAUAAAAACAGUACCUACCUCGUGUAUGCAGAGUGCCUAGCACCGUGCCGAGCACACAAGUGUGUUCGAUACCUAUGUGUUAUUAUUCAUAGCAUCAUAGCAUCUGACUCCUUUCAGUCUGAGAAGUCAGCUUGGAAAACUCUUAAGUGGGGUGAGCGGUCCUCAGAGCGACUGGAGUUCAGAGGUGGGAGGGGGCAGGGCGUGAAAGGUUCGGGGAAGAGGGGGAAAUUGAGAGGGGCUGCCCCUUAAAAGAGGGGCAGUGUCUAGAUAAGCAGCCUGUGGACGGCUGCUAGGCCCCAUGCCAAGUUGUGUGACCCUCCCACAUGCGGGGACCUGGCUCUCACUUACGGAUGAUGUGAUGUGGAAGGGGCCUUGGGGUCCCUGAGAAGCACUCACACAUCCUCCUCUGGUUAGUGUCUGGUAAGGCUCUCCCGCCCUCCCACCUCCCAGCCCCUGUUUCCGGGGCCGUCAGCAUAAGGGGAGCUCGUGACGCCUGCCCUCCCAGCACGACUGAACCUUCCAGCAAGGGCUUGAGAAGCGUGUGUGAGCAGCCUCUGGGCCCUGGGACGGAUGCACAAACUAGGCCCCUCAUUUUGCAUUGUGGGUGAGGGCUGCCAGUGCAGCCGUCGGGGCCACGUGUUGGCUGUGAGUCUUCCCUUCUCUUUAGGAACUGACCUCAGUAGCCUAAGAGAGUAACCUACUUAGAGCUGGAAAGUCCAAACCGGUCAGCCACGGAGGACACAGAUGCAGGCGCCUCUCCCCGCGGUGUCGUGCAGACCACAACCUGGCCCCGCCUCUCCUGCAGCCUCAUCUGACACCCCCCUGCGCCCCUCCCCGCCUUUCGGCCCUGGCACCGCAUGUCCCCUGGCUAGCAGGCCCUGGAGAACUGUCACUCAUUCUUCAAGAGCCAGCGUGGAGCCACGUCUUCUCCCGCAGGAGGGCCGGUCGCUCCUGUCCUGGCGUGGCAGAAGCGUUCCAUUCGCAACCCGUCAGAGCACCUGCCACGCGUCCCUGGACACAGGGCCUGUGUCACCUCUUCCAUCCUCACCCGGGGGUGCUGUGGUCUCCCCAUUUUAAAGAUGAGGAAAGUGGGGUCUGGAGAGGCCGGCUAACUUGCUUGGAGUCUGAAUGCAUUUAUUCACUCGCUUAGCACAUGUUUAUUUAACUUCUGCUUCGUGCCAGGCGCGGGACGUACUGAUGGCCGAGACAGACGGGGUCCCUGGGAGCUUGCGUUUUACUGAGGAGGGAAGACAAAGUGAGUGGGUGAAGGGCAUGCAGACUGACGGGUGCCGACAGGAGGAGAGGGCGCCGAGGCCGAGGCCUGGGGGGCGGGUGUGACGCGUGUCCCGGGGACAGCGAGGAAAGCCGCAUCAGGAACCCAGAGACGCAGGCCCAGAUCCGGCCCAGGCCCUGCUGCCGCGCUUGGGAAGGGCUUUGGCUUUUUCUCCGUGUGAUGGGAGGUCCUGGAAGUAUUUUAAGCAAGGGAGUAAGACUGUCGGGUCUGAUUGUUGGGAAACAGCACUGGGUGGCCGUGGACCACAGAGCAGUGCAGUGCGCGUCAUUGUUUCCGAGUCUGUCUCGCCCCCUGGACUCAGCAUCUGGGUGGGGAGACUGUAGGUGCCUGCUCUGUCACUUUCUGUAAUCUGAGCCCACGUCUGGAUCACAGCAGGUGCCUGAUGAACAUUUGAAGGGUGCCCGUGUGCAAGGUGCGUGACCCGUGCCUUUUGGGCCUGGGAGGGGGUGAUGAGUGGGUGUCCCCGAGCCUGCAGGAUAGGACUCUGCUGACACCAUCAGGAGUCAGCAGGCGGGGACGUGGAAACAGGAUGGGUGCCUGGCCAUGGGGUCCGAUGACCCAGCAGACAGUGCCCCAGUGACCACCAGUGACCUUCCAUAGAGUGGGGUGACCUUCUGAAUGCAGCAGGAGUUUGGGAGGCGUGUGUGACGCGGCUCUGCCCUUUGGGGACUGGAGCCGGGCGUGAGGAGCGUGGGGCUGGGGGUGCGAGGUUGGGGCACCUGCUCCCUGGCCCGCCCAUGGGGCUCGGGGGGCAGUGGGCAGUGGAGCAGGGGGCGGGUGUCCCUUGUUAGCAGGGGUGGCGACAGCAGGGAGCCCCACCGGGACUGGGCCACCAGUGCACACCUGGGCUGCACCUGCCUGGAGGAGGGACUCGAGCUGGAGCGGGGGCGGGCUUGAUUUUCCCCGGUCAUCCCAGAGGUCACCACGUUUGACCCCUGCUGACAUUACUGCCGUGUCGGUCAAGACAGGAAACGAGAAGGUAACUCUGGAUAAGUUGAUCUUGAGAACGGAAGCCCCAGAGCCAGGCUGCUCCAGGGCUGAGUUGGCUUCUUACAGGUCGUGUGACCUUGGGCGAGUGACUUACCCUCCGGGAACCUUUGUAACCUCGUUUGUGAAAUGGGAAUAAAGUGGGCUGACUGUGGGGAGGAAGAAGGUGACCGCACCUGUGAGGGGGCAGGCCACACCUGUGAGGGGGCCGGCCCACACCUGUGAGGGGGCAGGUCCCCACCUGUGAGGGGGCAGGCCCACACCUGGCCCGCAGGGCGCAGCGGGGCAGCGACUGGGGCGAAGAGGGCCGUCCCACCCCGUCCACAGACGCUCACAUGUUCACACAGCACUCACACGCUGCAUGCACACACACACACUUAGACACACACACACACCCCUACGCACUGUAUACACCUACACACACUCAUACACUCACCACAUACAUACACAUACCUACUCACUGUAUACACACUCAUACAUACACACACUCACCACACAUACCUACACACACAGUGUAUACACAUACACACGCUUACACAUACACUCACAUUCAUACACUCAUCACGUACACGGACAUGCGUAUACCACACACCUACACACGCAUACCUCACCACGUAGACACACACACAGACGUACACACACACACUCACUCAUCAUUAGAGAGACAAAAGCUCUGCUCCGAUGCCCCUCAAAGGGCAGAGAGGAGGCCUCGGGGCUCCUGGUCGGGCAGACUUUCCUCCUCACUUUGGGGUCAGAAACGGGAGCAGGUGUUCUUCAUUGAGAAAAUAACUCUCGAAAGGGAGGGCCAAGCCACUCUGAAUAAGAAACUGUCCAGAAUUUGGUUUUUGUGUCACUUUCUGAGACAGGACGGGUGUGGUGGGCGCGCACCUUCGCGGAAGGCUGGAGCCCAGCGGGAGAAAACCGUGUCUUUGAGCUCAUGGAUGUCUGAUACUCAACUUUAAGUUUUUUGUAUUUUGCUAUGUAAACCCCCUUUGUCUACAAAUCUUCAGUAAAGUCUGCUCCACACACAAA